GUGCUCGCUUUGUAGCUCUCUCCCCAACGUUGCCUUCCGUUGGCGGCUUCCAAGCGGAACCAUCCCAAAACCCUAACCCUAACCCUAACCCUAACCCUAAUCGUAAAUCGAAGGGAGGAAGAGCAAGUAUGGCAGACGUUUCUGAGAAGGAGAAGGGCUCGCCAAAGCUCCCAAUCCCCGGGCACCGCAAUAUCCUGAUCACCAGCGCGCUCCCCUAUGUUAACAACGUUCCCCAUCUCGGGAACAUCAUCGGAUGUGUUCUUAGUGCGGACGUGUUUGCUCGUUUUUGCCGAUUGAGGGGAUACAAUGUGAUAUACAUCUGUGGCACGGAUGAGUAUGGGACGGCGACGGAGACGAAGGCCAUGGAGGAGAACUGUACCCCUAAGGAGAUUUGUGAUAAAUACCAUGCAAUUCACAAGGAAGUGUACAAAUGGUUUGGCAUAAGCUUUGACGAGUUUGGUCGCACAUCCUCUCCGCAACAGACAGAAGUUUGCCAACAAAUUUUCCACACGCUGAUGGAAAACGGAUGGCUUUCAGAAAAUACAAUGCAGCAGCUUUUUUGUGAUACAUGCAAACGAUUCUUGGCUGAUCGGCUUGUUGAGGGGACAUGCCCUACAUUGAAUUGCAAUUAUGAAUCUGCACGGGGUGACCAAUGCGAAAAAUGUGGAAAAUUGUUGAACCCAACUGAACUGCUAGAUCCUAAGUGCAAGGUUUGCAAAAAUACUCCACGAAUUCGAGAUACGGACCACUUGUUUCUAGAGCUCCCUUUGCUGAGGGAGAAGUUGGAGAGUUAUAUCAAUAGUAUGUCAGUGGCUGGAUCUUGGAGUCAAAAUGCUAUCCAAGCUACAAAAGCAUGGUUAAAGGAAGGAUUGAAACCUCGAUGUAUAACAAGGGAUCUUAAAUGGGGAGUUCCUGUCCCCCAUGAGAAGUAUAAAGAUAAGGUUUUUUAUGUUUGGUUUGAUGCCCCAAUUGGUUAUGUCUCGAUCACUGCAUGUUACACUGCUGAUUGGGAAAGGUGGUGGAAGGAUCCCGAAAAUGUGGAGCUGUAUCAAUUUAUGGGCAAGGAUAAUGUACCCUUCCACACUGUUAUGUUUCCUUCUACUCUUCUUGGAACUGGUGAAAAUUGGACAAUGAUGAAGACUAUAAGUGUAACUGAGUAUUUAAACUAUGAAUCAGGAAAAUUUUCUAAAAGCAAAGGCAUUGGAGUUUUUGGUAAUGAUGCGAAGGAUACAAAUAUUCCUGCUGAAGUUUGGCGGUACUAUUUGUUGACUAACAGACCUGAGGUAUCAGAUACAUUGUUCACUUGGGCAGAUUUGCAAGCUAAGCUAAAUAGUGAGCUACUUAAUAAUUUAGGGAAUUUUAUCAAUCGUGUAUUGAGCUUCAUUGCCAAACCAUCAGGAUCAGGAUAUGACUCUACCAUUCCUGAAGUGCUUGAUGCAGACUCUCAUCUUCCAACAAAAACUUUAGCAGAGAAAGUUAGCAAACAUAUUGAACAGUACCUUGAUUCCUUGGAAAAGGUCAAACUGAAAGAAGGUCUGAAAACUGCUAUGAGCAUUUCUGGAGAGGGGAAUGCAUAUCUACAGGAAAGCCAAUUUUGGAAACUUUACAAGGAAGAUCCAACUUCAUGUGCUAUUGUGAUGAAGACUUCUGUUGGGCUAGUUUUUCUUCUUGCGUCUUUAUUGGAACCUUUUAUGCCCUCCUUCUCUGUUGAAGUACUAAAGCAGCUUAAUAUAUCGCCUGAAGAGAAGUUGACAUUCUGUGAUGAGAAAGGAGAGACAGAUAAGGCAAAAAGACCAUGGGAUUUAAUACCUUCUGGCCAUGUAAUAGGAAAACCGGAGCCACUAUUCAAGGAACUUAGAGAUGAUGAAGUAGAACUUUUCAGGCAGAGAUUUUCUGGAAGUCAAGCUGACCGAAAAGAAAAAGCAGAAGCUGAUGCAAAAAAGAUUGCUGGACAGCUGAAGGCCACAAAAAUAUCAGAGGGAAAUACAAAGAAAAAAUCUACGACUGCUACCAAAGCAAAGGCCACUGUUGCAGAUAUUUCUGUUUCCCGGCUUGAUAUUCGUGUUGGUGUCAUUAAGAAGGUUCAGAAACAUCCAGACGCUGAUUCGCUUUAUGUGGAAGAGAUUGAUGUGGGAGAAGAAUCUACGAGAACAGUAGUUAGCGGGUUGGUCAAAUACAUUCCUCUUGAAGAAAUGCAGGAUCGGAAAGUCUGUGUUCUUUGCAAUCUAAAACCAGCCAGCAUGAGGGGUAUCAAGUCUCAUGCAAUGGUAUUAGCUGCAUCCAAUGGAGAUCACACAAAAGUAGAACUAGUGGAGCCGCCGGCAUCUGCGGUGGUUGGUGAACGGGUGACUUUCACUGGAUAUGCCGGUGAGCCUGAUGGUGUGUUAAACCCAAAGCACAAGGUGUGGGAGACGGUCCAACCGGACUUGCACACAGAUGCGGAGUUGGUGGCCUGUUAUAAAGAUGUGCCCUUCACGACAUCGGCGGGCAUAUGCAAGGUCUCAUCCAUUGCUAGUGGGGCCAUAAGGUAGGUCAUGUUCUUCCCAGAUCUUGUCGGAAAUGUUAUUGCAACUGUUUUGUAGCUUUAGAGCUUUUGUUUUUUUGGAGCUUUGGACAGUCAAUACUAUUAUCUCAAUUUUUUUCAAUUUCAUACUUAUAUAUUUGCUCAAGAAACUAUGUAUUGUGUAAUCUCUAUUUGUUACAGCUUUUGGUUUUGCUAUUGAAAAUAAAACCUGCAUUAUAUUUCUGUUUC